ACAAGCCAGUAUUUACACAGUAACUAGGAGCUGCAAAACUAAUCAGAGAAGCAGCGGAUGCCAGCAAAAAGCGUCUCCAGAAAAAACCCAAAACAUAUGUCUCCCUUCAAAAGAAAAAUCUGCUUUUUCACAGCUACAAAGGAUUGAAAACAAAUUUUGUCAUCAAACGUGGAGCUGUGCCAAAUCACAGGCAGCCAGAAGAAAGCUUUGGCACGAAAAGAGCUUUGAUGGUGAGAGGAACAAAGAUGAAACAGCUUUGAGUGAGAAAAAGAGCAAUGAGAUUGCUCCAGCCCAAAGAGAGAGAAGCUCUGCUGUUCUCUCCCCUGCUGGCUCACAGACCUGUUUUUCUGGGAUCUCUGCUCCAUCCCAAAUGUCCCCUCUGUCCCCCAGGGCAGCCUCAGGACCCUGCAGCCCUGCCAGGAAUUGGGCUGUGCAUGAAAAAAGCUCAGUUGGGACAUGGGCACCUGCAAAGAGCCUGGACAGCCCAAGAGGGGACAAUUUCAGGGAGCUGGGAGAUUCAAGAGGAUUCCCAGCACAGAAGGAAAAAUCUCCCUGCUGCCUGCAUGGCCCACGUCGCUGCCCUGCAGGGAGCAGCUCCUUCUCUGUCCCUGUGCCCAUGGUUCUCCUGCUUCCCACAUCCCACCUGGCAGCAGCCAGCAAGGCAGGAGAGCAGAGGCUGGAAGAGCUGAGGGGAAAAUCACCCCAAAAUAAGUUAGAGGAACUCAAGAAGAGGAUCCAGGAGCAGAAGAGAAAGCAGCAAGCAGCACUCCGGGAGCAGGAGCCCCUGAUUUUUGCUAAAGACUCCCUGCCUAAGAGAGCCCUGCAAAGAAAGGUUUGCAGAGUGGCCUCUGCUCCUCCUGCUCCAGCUCACAGAGACCAAGGAGAGAGAAGCUCAGCAUGGAGAAUUCAAACAGAACACCAGAGGCAGCUUUCAUCCAAGCCCAGUGUUCUGGAGAGAGCAGCGGCAGGGAAAGGUGUGAAUCUAGCUGGAGUUUCUGCAUGGAGAGAAGGUCAGAAGUUGGCUAGAAGGCUGCUGGGUCCACCCCCUCCACGUCCACACUUGAGGAGCAGAACUGGAGAGCAGAGCACAGCAAAGACCUUUGAACCUUUGGAAGGAGGUCAAGGAUUUGGGGCAAUGCCAGUGAUGGAAAGCAGCUCCAGGGUGAAGGGAAAUGAACCUGGAGCCCAAAGAGCUGUGGUCACUCCCAGCAAGGCUGAAAGGGGCAGCAAGGCACCCACAGAGGGUACAAACCAAGCACUCAGGAACCUGCUCUUGCAAAGGCAGUCCUGUGAGGAACACAGACACAUCAGGGUCUCCAGAGAGGCUGUGAAACACCAACCCCAAGGGAUCCAUUCUCCUUCCCCUGGACUUUCAUUAAUGAAAGAUGGAGCCAAGCCCAGCACCUCAGGAAGCUGCAGCAGAGGGAAAAGUGCAUUUCUUCAGAGACAGAAAGGGUCUGAGAAAGAAAACCUUAAGCAACCUUCAAAGAGGAGGGCAAACCUUAAAAAACCUCACCCCUACAGCCCUGAAAGCAUUCGGGAAUUUAUGUAUCAAAAAAAGGCAGAAAGAAAGAGAAAACUCCUCAAAGAGAAAAAGUCUUUGGCACAGGCUGUGGAGAUGAAGAAGAAGAGGUUGCAAGAAUUGUACAGGAAACAAAAAGAAGCUAUUGGGAAGAAAUCGUGUCCUGAUGAGAUGCACAAACCCCUUGGGAAAACAGGUUCUGCCAAAGGAAACCCUCAGAGUGAAUUGGAACAAAGGCAAACCAGUGGGGGAGUACAGGAAAGGAGUUUCAUGGCCUGGCUGGAUGAAACAUCCUCUCCUCUAUCACCAGAAGAUCACAGAGGCAGGAAUCAACUCCUGGAAACAGCUCAAUCACCUAAAAAAGGAGAAGCAUCAGGCCCCCCAGCAUCACUGGAAUCUGAACACUGCUUUAUCAGUCCUCUGAAAUGUGAAGACUUGAGGGACUGCUCUCCCCCAGCUCUGCAUUCACCUCCUCUGAGCUUUUCUGUUCCUCAGAAAGAUGCAAAACCUUCAUCCAGGGACUCAUCUUUUGGUUUUUCUCCACACAGAAGCAAACAGGAUCGAGUGAGAGCCAUUCACAGUCUGUCCAGGGAGCUUGCAGAAAGGAUUGAUGUGGCAAGGAAGAGGCUGAGUGCAGCCAGCUGGGGUAAAGCCUCUGCUGGCAAACAAACAGAGACAGCUCUGGACCUGUGCAGUGCUCCUCCUUGUGCCCCAGAACCUGAGACUUCCAGAGACAGGGAAGAGAGGACAAUGACUGCACAAAUGCCUCUGGACACAAAUCCUGAAGAGCUUCGUGUGCCAUCCCACAGGGAAUGCCAUGGGCUGGGCAGGAUGGGCCUGCUGGGCAGCACUGAGGGGGCAGCAGCCCUGAGCACACAGAGGGAAAUGCCAACUCCUCUGCCUGGUGGGAAAGCUGAGAGGGAACAAUUACCCUGGAUCACUUGUAGUGCAGGACAGAGUCACCUCAGCUCUGCAGGAGAGCUGAGCAACACCUUGCAAGGUUUCCCUGUGAAUAAGGGCUCCAAGGUGGACAUAAGUCUAUGGCAUGAAAAGCCAAUAACCAGCCCAGCCUCUCCAGCUCACAGAUUCCUCACUAGAAGCCCGCAGGGAGAGCUCACGGCAUGGAGGGAUCAGUGUGGAUGUGAGACUGCUUUGAAAGUUCAGAACCAAGAGGAAAUUGCCAACCCAUCUCCUGGAGAGAGCCUGAGGAUCUGGGACAGCCUGAGGAUCUGGGACAGCCUGAGGAUCUGGGACAGCCUGAGCUUCCAGCCCUCUGCCACUCUGAGCACUGGCAGCUUUGAGCAGGACUUGGGUGAAGGAGAUUUUGGCAGCACAGAGCUGGAGCACAAACACAGGAGACACCUGGACAUUUUGAGGCAAACCUCCUUACUACUGGCUCACAAACUGAAGCUCCAGCAGCAGCAGCAGAAACAUCGGCUCUUGGUGCUGAGGGAGAAGGCAAAGCAAGAGGUUGAGGAAAGCCACAGGUUCUUGAGGGGCCUGCUGCAGCUCAGUUCUGAGGACAGCAGGAAUUCCAAAGGCAGUGAUCCUGCUCUGACAGGACCUUACCACACAGAGCAGACACAGAGAGGACUCUGGCUGGAAGGUGACCUUGCUGCUGGCAGCUACAGGAGUAAUCAAGAGAUGGGUUCACUGAGACACUCUGUGUUGAAGAUAGAAAGCGAUCCCAAUCCAGUGGAACCCAAAAUACUGGGAGAAAGAAAACCUUUAGGAGGAGGAGGCUCAUACUGCCUAGUGCUUCAAGGAGAUCAGAGGCAGUCACAGCACAGACAUCACACCUCCAAUCUCUUGUCACCUUGGGUGAAUCUGCCCCAUGGGGAGACCUGGGACAGCUCUGGGGACAGCAGUGACCACGCCAGUUCCAACAGCCAGUGGAGCGCGGCCAUUCCACGCUUUGGAGGCUCCAGCACCUUCCGCGGUUCCAGCCUGGCCGUGGUGGAGCAGAUCCUGAGGGCAGAGGAGCUGCAGGCUCGGCACCAGGCAGUGCUCCUGCGGCUCCGGAGAAAGGCUCUGCGGGAGAGGGCCAGGGCCGAGCUGGCCUGGCUGGGCCACCAGAGGCGUGUUCUGGAAAACCUGCAGGAUAGUACAGGAGCCUCUGCCAUGGCAGCAAAGCAGCACAAAAUCCUGAUGGAGCUGAAACUGGAGCAGGCAGAAAUCCAGCACCUGAAAAACAUCCACAGGGCAGCCCAUCAAGAAAGGAAGCUUUUAUUAAAGCAGCAGAGAAAAAUCUUAAUGAUGCAGCAUUCAGCAGCACAACUCCAGGAAAAGCUGCACAGUCUGGCUGGGAAGCAGGAGGUUGUGAAUUCAGGGAGUAAAGACAAUUGUGUCCAGCUAAAGCAUAAAAGGAGCAAGAAAUAUGAGGGCUUUUCUACUGAGAACAAGAAGCCACUGGUACAACCCCAGAAACAGGUGGAGGAGUUGCCAGGUUUGGAGCAGUCCCUUAAUGCUCAGGAUGAUGUUUUCUUACCUCUGGAACCUACAAAUUCAGCUGAAAUGGAACCUAUAGCCACACUCGUUACAAGAAAAGGCCAAAAGUGUGUAUUUCUGGAAUCUGUGCUGGAGGACAAGACACUUCUUUCAAACCCUGAUUCUAAAGAUAAUGAAGAUAUUAAUCCAUGUGGCAGAAAGUACCCAGUGAAAGUUAAAGAAGUGGAAGUGCCUGUUCCUUCUGAGAUCCAUCAGGUGGAUGCCAGUCAAUGUUUGAAGCAUUUGGACCAUGUUUCUCAUGAAGCUUCUGAUGAACUAAAUUUAAAAGCAUUUUCUGAGGGAUUAACUUCCACGGAAUCAUUGUCCAAGUCAAAUAACUUCUUUUUGCAAUGUGAAAGUGCCAAAUCAGACUCUUCUCACUCAGAAUUUCAGAAAGUGUCUGCAGUUUGGAUCAGCUUCUCAAAAAGUUCCAUUUCAGACCCAGAAUUAGAGCUGAAACAUGAAGAUGACACAGAUGUCAGUGUCCCAGAAGAGUUUGUCUGUGACAGUGGUGAUGUGUUUGCCAAUCUCUCAAAAGAGAUGCCAAUAGCAAUAAGCACUGGAAAGGAAACAUCACCUAGCAGCAAACACAAUGAAUGUGAGCUGCCUGAAGAUGACAGAGCUGAGACUUCAUCUCUCUCCCAGAAAUACCCUGGAGAUGUGUUGGAUCAUGGCUGCACUGAUCACCUGCUUUCCUUCAUCCCAGCAGACAAAGCAAAUGCCUCCAGAACCAAGUCAGCACAUUCCUGCCAGUCUGAAAACCCUUCUGAGGGAGUGGAUGAGCCACACCUGGAUGCCUCACAAAGCUGCAACAGAAACAAACGCUGUUCUCAGGAGAUCCCAACGCUGGGAAAUGAUGCAGCUGCCAGCCCUUCAUGCACAGAUGCAACCCCCAGUAGUGAUAAGGGUCUCCCUCCAGCUGACGAGGAUACCUUGUCGGAAAUGCUGUGUCCUGUGGCUGAAGUAUUGCCCUCUGGAAGUGCUGACUCGCCAUCCUCUAACAAAAAGGAUUUGUCAUUUCCAAGUGAAGAUCUUCCUCCUCCCCCUUUAGGUGCAGAUGCAGUGAAAAAUGGUGAUCCUGCCUCCAGCACGGAUGAUUUCCCACCUCCACCAGAACAAAUGACAGGCUCAGAGUCUAGUCAGGGCAUGGAUGAAGAUAUAUCACUGGAAAUGGAUGCAUUACCCCCAUUACCUGAUAACACCAUGCCUGGAGAAUUUCCCCUGCUCAGUACAGAGACAAGUGGUGCUUUUUCAACUCAGGAUGGUUGUCUCUCAGAACAAUCUAUUACAGCUCUUUCCAGCUGUUUAUCAAAGAACCAGCAUGGAGAACAGGAGAUGCCUUUGCAGCAUUUGGAGUUUCUGCCUGUGUCAAAUACAGAUUCUUCUGGUGGAAGUAAAAGUCCUGAAUUCCCAAUGAAACAAUGCACUGGACAGCUUUUCAUACAUUUUGCAGAGGAGGACAGUGAUGACCCAUUAUCAUCAUUUGAAAUUGGGGACAGAGUGUUGGUGAAGCAGAGCCAGCCUGGAACCCUGAUGUUCAAAGGUCAGACUCAUUUUGGCAGUGGUCACUGGGCUGGUGUUGCACUGGACAAAGCUGAAGGUGACAAUGCUGGCACUUAUGAAGGGGUGAAGUAUUUUGAGUGUGCUCAGCACUGUGGGGUCUUUGUCAGACCUGAUGAGAUUUCACACCUGUUUGGGGUUAACAAAAAUAGCUCCAGUUCCAUGGGGAAUGAAGACUCUGACUCCUUCCAUGAUGAUGAUGUCUCCCUCAAAGGAGACUGCAACUAUUCUGAAGAUGAUGAGCAGAGAGUGGGGUGUGCAGAGGAGAAAGCAGAAGAUACAAACAGUGCAGGAGGUUCAGAAGUGAAAGAAAACCAGUCUGGGUUACACAGCACCUUGCUGUAUGGAAAAGGGCAAAAAUUUCCCCAUUCCAACCAGUGUAACUGUAAUGAAUUCCUCUGUCAAAAGAACUUAAUGUGCUUGGGACCAGAUAAAGAAAAAACAGAACUGGCACAAAUAAAACAAACUGUAUUUGCAGAUGCUCUUCCAGAGAAAAGCAAGACAGAUGAGGUAAACACAAGCAGAAAUAUUUGUUGCUUGGUAGAGGAUCAGAAAAGAAUUAAACUUGCUGAUGAUAUUGCAAGUGAACUCAGUAAAAAACUUCUGUUUGACAUUUUAAUUGCAUUUUCUGAAACAGCUCAACACAAAUAUAAAAGUGCCUUUGAAAAAGACAUGAUGAAUUAUGGCAAAGACCUGAGGCAAGAAGACAAUCAGAAACCAUUUCCCCUCAAAGAAAAUUCAGUUGCUGCCUUAUCUGAACCAUCAGCAAAGGUUUCUGAUGUUUUGCUGGGUGAUUUUGAUACGCUUUGCAUUCAUGGUUGUCACACAGUAACAGACAGAAUUGUAACUAAAUUUAUAGAUGAUGCAGUUAAAGAAUAUAAGAAGAUUAAAAGAAAACACAGAUCAAAAGCAGACAAGAUACAUCAUUUAUCUCCAGAGACUUCUCCAACCACUUCGCCUCUCCUUUUAAAAAUCCUUGAUGCUGGGGUUUUUGGAAGCUCUGAAGAUUUUGAUCAGCCUAAUUCUGACCAAAACAUGCUGGUGAGACAGACACAAAAGCAACACUUGUAUAAAUUAGACCAGUGGCACUCAGCUCCUUGGAAGAAAACUGUGGAAGUUCCUCUUGUGGUACCACACAACAGUUCUUAUGUUAAAAAUUUGUCUGCAUAUGCUGUGGAAGAAUUAUGGACCCCAGAGAACAUAAAAUCAAAUUUCAGGAACAUCAACAUGCCAAAGCACUUGGAAUAUGGUGAUCUCCCAGGGAAUGAUUUGGAAGCAGAAAGCAAGAGGAUGUAUAAUCAGGUUAUAUUUGAUUUGAGCCAUGAGUUGCUGCGUGCAGAAUAUCAAGUGACUGCAAAGCCAAAUAUGUUCCCAGGGAUGGAAAAAGAAGUGGGAUCUCCCUGUUCCAGGCAUCUCUGCAGGACAGAUGUCAGUGAUGUCAAGAUGUUUGUUCAGGGUGAAAUUAUUAAAAUAAUGAACCUGGAAAAGAAUGACUUAGAAAUGAAAAGAAAAUACCUAAAUAUGACCAAGUAUGGAAACUGUAAGAGAGACAGAGUGGACCUUAUUCUGAUCCAGGAGCUCCGCAAAGAAGAAUCUCAGUGGACUUCCUAUGGUGCUGAUGAAUUAACAGUGAAGAUGAGGAUGACUGAAGCCAUAUUUGAUAGCUUGAUCCUUGAUACAAUCAGAGUUCUUAAUAAGAUUUAUCUGAAAAAAGCCUGUUUGAAAGGUGACAGUGCACCAGCUUUUUUCCUUUAAUACAUUGUGGAACUGUUAAAAGGAGCCUGGAGAUGGCUUCAGAGAGGUGGCACAGGGAAUGGCAGGACCUGGAGCCAGACAAUCAGGUUAAAUGUUUAUAAUUUUAUGCAAAUGAAGUAAACACUAAUGUGAUGCACUUUAAAUUGGAGAUUUUUCUAUUAGCACCUUCAAUUCCUAACUAGAUGUGUGCCUGUACUUGGGUUAUUUAUCAUGCAAUUCAUUGAAUUUUUUACAAUAUCCAAAUGUGGGGUGCUGAGAAUGUACUUUAAUAGACAAAAGAGGGGAAAUCAAUACUCCUUUUGUAUUGGCAAAACUGGAAAAAUCAAGAUUUUGACAAGGGAAUAGAAGCAUUUCCUCAGCAUGGUAAUUGUUCCCUUUGCUAAUUGCUGUGGUCCCACCUAUUUUCUAUUGAGAAAAUCAAAUAUUUGUUAGUUCUUUUUAAAAUAAAUACUGUGCAAAUAUUUCUUACUGGAAUUCAGAAACUGUUCAUUAUUGAAUAACAAUGUAAAGAGAUCAGAUUUUUUCCAAUCCUAUUCAUUCAGAGUGUCUUUCAAAUAAAAUUAAAAUCAGGAUCAAUAAAGAUAAAUUAUAGAUAAGCUUAAGAUAUAAAAAUACAAUACUUAAAAUCUUCUUGGGGGAAUAGAAAGACAUUUUAUGUUUGUAUUUUGAAAUACUGUUGGCUCAAUUGUUUUUUGUACUUGUUUUCUGAAUAAAAUAUGAUACAAAUGGCUUAUUU